GAAGCCACAACGCGGACGGGACGGCAGCAGAAGCACAGACAGCUCCUAUUUAUUAGCCACCUGAACGCGAAUCGCUCCCGUUUGGUUUUAAUAUUCAUUGUAUUAGGAAUUAAAUUUGCGGACAAUUUCAUCAGACUUAGAGUGCUAUCGCGGAGUCUACUUUACUUCAGACAGGAUGUCGGCACUCUCCGUAAAUGACCACCUCGAAGGGAUUUUAUCCGAUUUUGAAGCCUUGAAGAGAUCCUUUGACAUUGAAGAUGUGGAUGACAUACCAUCCUUCUCCUCGGCAUCCACUGCCUCCUCCCCUGUCUCUCCUUCGUCCUCCCAUUUCUUCCACAGCCAUAACAAAGCCAGUGAGGGUAGGGUUGGAGGAGAAUCCCCUUCAUCUUUUAAAAACAUCAACAACCUAGUCUCUGCAGGGUACCAGACCUGUAUCAGCCAAAGUUCCAAUCCUAGUCCAGUCCUCAGGUCACGCACAGUGGUCAGCAGUCUGUCCUUCAAUCGGGGAACUAUGAACAAGCCAGCCGCUUAUAACAACAACUCCUCUGUGACUCGAGCUGCAUCCUUUCAAAGCAGGGUGAACCCCAACAAUGGGUUCUCCAUAUUGCGUGGACCAGGAAGUGACAAUGAUAGCCUUCAUAGCUCCUCUUCCAGCCUUGAGUACUCUGGAGUGGGUGGAGGUUCACUUCAUCCUAACAAGCUGACAUCAUAUUCCAGUCCUCCACCCAUGGGUGAGUACCACCAAGCCCAGCCUCAGCUCUCAGAACAGCAGCUGCAAGCAGGUGCUAAAUUGGGAAACAACCACAACUUGACAAAGUUCUCCUCUCAUGGGACUGUUUUCCAGUCUGCAUUGGACCAGGGAAUAGGAUUGGUGUUGGAGUCACCAGAUCCUCAAGGGAUUAAUCACGGCUCCAUGCCCAGCCUAGAUAUUCAAAUCUGUGAUGGAGGAGGUGGCAUACUAGGUGUGCAGAGAGGUGGAGACCAAGUUUCUCCUGGCUUGAGGUAUAUCAGUGCUAAUGCUACCUGUAAUGGCCGGCUUCAAAAUGCCAAUUCCCUUAAAGUUGACGGUAGCUGCGGCCCCAACAAUCAUUGUUCAAGCCACCAGACUACCCAGGCCAAGGCUAAAGAGACUCCACGUCUCAGGAAGUUUCCCUUGGACCUUGAUAGCUGGGUGAGCACCAACUCCAUUUCUUCCCCUGCUAAGGUUCUCAGACGGCCCAUCAGCCCCAAUCCUCCAAAGCCUCCUCCGAGAAGCACAGGGAGCCUUCACCAUCACACCAACUCCCCAUACACUUCGGCAAGUCUAUCAGCUUCCCUCAGCAGCCUUGACAGUUACUCCGAUACACUGCCUCUCUCCCUUCACCAUCCCCUUUUGCCUUUCUCAAGUCAUUCAACUGCAGGCUCCAUUCCUGUUCCAGAGGUGAGCUGCUCACCAGUGCCCCUUUCUCCACCCCAGAUUUUGCAGUUGGGAACCCUUUCCAGGCCACAGGUUGUGCAAGUAAACCCUGUCCCUUCCAACUCUUUGAGUCCUUCCAGCCCCAGCGCAACUAGCUCUUUGGAAGAUUGCCCCAGUGAUGUCGGAGAUAGUGUAGGCUCAAUCUUACAGAGGAUUGCCUCCUUCUCCCGGCCUGUCAUCCUACCUUCCACAGUUCCGAAUAAUGGAGCUCCAUCCUCUGAACUGGGCUGUCCUGCAGAGACCACACUUACGCCAACAAGGGGACAUGGCAAAAAGAAAGACAAAGAGAGUGCUGGAGAUCUGAACGCAGAAGUACCUUCCCUGAUGGAGGAGCGAGAGGAGAAAGAAAACGCCAUCAUGGAAGAAGAGCAAGCCGCAGAGGACAAGAGUGAAGCAAUGCAAGUGAGCACUGUUACCCCAAAUUCCGGCAAGGAAAGCAAAACAAACGGUGUGGAGGUCCAUGCAGAGGUGGAGGAGAAGGAAAUGGAGAAAGGAAUGGAGGAAGGAGAAAUGAAGAAAGAGGUGGAGUCAGAGGUGAAGGUGGCAGUGUGCCAGACUGUGCCAGACAUGCAGAUGAGUUUCAUCCAUGGCAGUGACCUGUUUGGCUAUGUGGGCAUUGAGGCAGUGCUGGACCAGAUGAGACACAAGACCAUGAAAGCUGGCUUUGAGUUCAACAUCAUGGUGGUUGGUCAGAGUGGUUUGGGGAAAUCUACAAUGGUCAACACUCUCUUCAAGUCUAAAGUCAGCAGGAAAUCCUGCACACCGAACUAUGAGGAGGAAAUAUCCCAAACAGUCAAGCUGCAGUCAGUGAGCCACAUGAUUGAAGAGAAGGGGGUGAAGAUGAAGCUGACAGUGAUUGACACUCCAGGGUUUGGAGACCAGAUCAACAAUGACAACUGUUGGGAGCCCAUUGUGAAAUACAUCAACGAGCAGUAUGAGAAAUAUCUGCGAGAAGAGCUGCAUGUCAACCGUAAGCGGAGAAUACCUGACACAAGAGUCCACUGUUGCAUUUACUUUUUGGCUGCGACAGGACACAGGUUACGCCUCAUCGAUAUCGAAUUCAUGAAAAGAUUGGGAAAGAUCGUAAGCAUUGUGCCUGUCAUUGCCAAAGCUGACACACUUACCAUUGAGGAACGAGAGGAGUUCAAGGAGAGGAUAAGGCAAGACUUGGCAGGCAACGGGAUUUGUGUUUAUCCCCAGAAAGAGUACGACGAGGAUCCAGAGGAGCGUUUCCUCAAUGACAGGAUCAGGGAAAGCAUUCCCUUCGCAGUGGUGGGGACCGACAAGGAGCACCAGGUGAACGGAAACAAGGUGUUGGGACGCAAAACCAAGUGGGGUAUUAUCGAAGUUGAAAAUGUGGCACACUGUGAGUUUGCCAAUCUGCGAGAUCUCCUUAUCAGGUCUCACCUGCAGGACCUGAAAGACGUGACACACAACGUCCAUUAUGAAACAUACCGCGUACGACGGCUCAACGAGUGCAACAUAAAUUUCAUCGAACAAGGACUUUCUACUUGGCCGCUAGAAAAUGGAACUACUGACAAAUGCGAAUCAGAUAGCCAUCUCUGAUGCCUUCGUCAGCCUCGCACUCCUGAAAUGAUGCUACCCAUCUCGAGUACUCAACGUGAGCGAUGGGACAAUAGAGCAUUUUUACUACAUGAAGCAGGAUGGGGAUUUUUUUUUUUUAAUCAUUACAGUGACCAACUAUUGGAUUGUUUAAUAAAAGUUUUUAUGGGAGACUAAAAAUGCAAAUAUUUUUGAAUGUGACAUAUUUUGUAAUUUCUGGUCAUAUGGUUGCGUAUACAGGCAUAAUCAGGGCAGUCAGAUUCGAGAGUGGCACAAAGAUACAAAUCAACUAUUCUGCUAUAUGUAAAGUAAAAGGUCAUAAAGUCAAAUGUGAAUUGACAUCCCAGGCCUUAAUUGCAGAUAACCCUGUGUGGCUGUCAAGUAAGCAUCCGUUACUGUGUAUUGCCGCAUGCAUUUGGUAAUGUAUUAUCGUUCAGCUUUUAACCAUGCCCAAACCAACAUUAAAACCCCUGCUGAAUUAAAAACACA